AUGGGCAAACGUAAAUACCAGGCUGUUAGAGUGGCAUCCACUAUGAAGUAUGGUGGAAAGAAGCGAGGUGGGAAAACAGCCAUUACAUUCAUGCCAAAGUGUCCCAUACCAAAGUUGCUCACACAUAGUUCCCUCAUGAACGAAGUAAAUAAAAUUGAUAUUGGGACAAUCUAUUCAAUCAGGGAUGAAUUUGCUCCAUACAUAGAGGAUGAAAACACCAGUGGAUGCUAUAGAGAUUUAAGGGAAUAUCUACCUAGAUUGGCAAGAUUUUAUUUAAAAGUGCAAAAUUCACGCAAAGACAGCUUGAAAUGGUUCGGCGAGACUGAAGGUACUUUCCUAAUAGCAUUCGGAAGGGAUGGGUGCCCUCUCGGUAAGAAUGAGACUGCCUGCUCAUUCCUGAUCAGCUUUUUAAAUACAGAAAAAAGGGUAGCCUCCAGUUCUGACAACUUUUUGAUAUUUGGGGCUAAUUGUGAGGAAUCUUCACUGGUGGUCAAAAAGUAUGUUCAAGCAGCAUGUAAACAAAUAGUAAACUUGGAGGAAAAGGUGUUUAAAAUAAAUGAUUUGCAUGUAACAUUUAGGUUUAAAGAGCUACCCAAUGAUAUGAAGAUGCUGGCUAUGCUUUACUGGGAGCUUUCUAAUGCAGCAACCUACUUUUCUUCAUUUGGUAAUGAAAGCAAAAAUGAUUACACUGACUUGCAAGGAAGCUUUGGAAGUGAUGCUUCAUGUAGGGGAAGCCAUGGCCUUUUCAACAAAGGGUUAAGGUAG